GGGGCGCUGCAGAACCUGGCCAUCGACAAACAGAACCUCGACAGCUCCAUGGCCGCCAACAACAACUCCCGCACCCCCAUCGUUUCCCCCGAGACGGUGGUGUUCCCGAAGCGCCCGGCCGAGCGCGAUGACCCCAACAUCCUGAUCUGCCUCGUGCACAAAUUUGGGGUUCUGGAGACCCCGUUCUACCCCGGCCCCGAUAACACUUUCCGGAAAUUCUCCUACCUGCCCUUCAUCCCCGAGGACGGCGAUUAUUUCGACUGCCAGGUGCAGCACGAGGGGAUGGAGAAACCCGUCAAGACGCAUUGGGAACCGCAGCUGCCGGCGCCGGUGUCCGAGGUGGCCGAGACGGUGAUUUGUGCCCUGGGCUUGGCCGUGGGCAUCGCGGGCAUCGCCGCCGGCACCGUCCUCAUCCUCCGCGGGAUGAAGCUCGGCCGCGCCCGCGCAGCGCCCGGGGUGCUCUGAGAAACCCCAAAAUUCCAGGAAAUUACCCCA